CCUUCGCCACCUGCACCAAUCUCUAGUUUCAUUGUUGUUGGGGAGCUGAAAUUUGAUCCUCUUCUUCUUCUUCUUCUUGAUUGAGUUUGUAUCAAUUGAUAAUGGCGUCGUUGGCGCUGGGAACGAGGCGUUUCGCCGCUUUCGAAUAUACAUCAGUGGGUGGAAGCUCGUUGCUGCGAUGGUGGGAUGAGAUCGACGAAUCGCCACUAUGGCAGGAAGGAGUUUUCUACGCUCUCUGUGCUGCUUAUGCACUCGUGGCUCUAAUUGCGCUGGUGCAACUUAUUCGCAUUCAAUUGAGAGUGCCAGAAUACGGAUGGACAACACAAAAAGUUUUCCACUUGAUGAAUUUUGUGGUCAAUGGAUUAAGAGCUCUUCAAUUUGGAUUUUACUGGUUUGUUUUUCACAACGAGCCAAAAGUAUUAGAUAUAAUACUUCUUGAUUUUCCUGGUCUUCUAUUUUUCUCAACAUACACGUUACUUGUGUUAUUCUGGGCUGAGAUAUACCAUCAGGCAAGAAGCCUCCCAGCUGAUAAACUCAGACCUGCAUAUUUCAUUGUCAAUGGAGCUGUAUACUUCCUUCAGAUUUGCAUCUGGAUAUAUAUGAGAUUCAGCCCUGUUGGUGUGGAGAUUGCUGAACUCUUUUUUUCAGUUAUUUCAUUCUGUGCUGCUCUGGGAUUCAUUAUAUAUGGUGGGAGGUUGUUUGUGAUGCUUAGGCGCUUUCCAAUUGAAUCAAGAGGUCGCCAAAAAAAACUGCAUGAGGUGGGAUUUGUGACAGGAAUUUGCUGCACAUGUUUCUUAAUAAGAUGUGUGAUGGUUGCCAUAUCUGCUUUUUAUGAGGAAGCCGAUAUUCACGUUCUGGAUCAUCCCAUUCUUGAUUUUGUCUACUACAUGAUCGUAGAGAUCAUACCAUCUGCUCUGGUGCUUUUCAUUCUCAGAAAACUUCCUCCAAGACGCAUGUCGGAUCAUUAUCAUCCAAUCAAAUGAUGCCACCUGGCAUCACCUUUUUUCCUGUAUAUCAAGUUUGAGUGUUUCACAGCUUAUGGUGCGAAUGUGUUUUGUUUUAAUAUUCAUGUUUUGUUGAGAAUAAGAUUUUAAAAAAUCAUCAGCUGUAUGUCUUGCUUGCUAACAGCAUGACCAACAUAGAAGACAUUUUUUCAGGUAUUUUUGUAAUUCCAGAGUUUUUUUUGGGACCGGAUUUUUAAAUUUGAUUUUUUUAUUUGUCA